GGCCGCAGGGUUGCAUCUGGACGGGAGGCAAUUGGAGAUCAGACGUCAACUCCGGAUUUCGAGGCGCAGAAAACUCAAAAAACACGACAACACAUGACCUGAGCUGAUAGCUUGAUAUCCCUAACAAGAUACAACAGAGAUCAAACCCACCAACAACUGCUCGACGACAAACAACCCCUUCACCCCGCAGCUGUGAACCUCUUCAACGCCAGGCGUCACCAUCACAUCAUCGAUAGGAUGCCGCAAGAUCCACAUCUAUACGGGCAGCCGCCGCCCAAGAAGCAAAAGAAAGAGAUAGCUCUCUCGGGGUCGCUAGCGUUCAGCUCACAAUUAAGCUCGUUCCUUGCUGAACCAUCAACCAAAUCAAGCACGAGUUCCUCCGCCGCGGCCACGACUGGCCGAACCCGCCCAUCGAAGCUGAAAAAAGAUGGUCUCUCCAAUACCAAAGUCAAGCGCAAAGACAGCAAGCCCAAUACCGAAACAAAAGAUGAUAAUAAUAAACUCUCCCUCAAAUCUCCCCUCGGAACAGAAGAGAGCAAAGCCGAGCGCGAAUUCGCCCGCCGCAAGAUGGAGUCCAAAGCCCGUGUCUACGCGGCAAUGCAACGAGGGGAUUACAUCGGGCGCGAAGUCGGGCUCGUCGAUUUCGACCGCAAAUGGGCCGAAUCCAAGUCCAAGGCCAAAACCAACCCCGACGCCGCCUCCUCAGACUCCGACUCCGACUCCGAACCCGACGACGACCAAGCCAGCAACAUCGACACCACCCUCCACGAACACACCGACGAGUUCGGCCGCGUGCGGCAGCUCACCCGCUCACAAAUCCUGCGGCUGCAGCGCGGCGCGGCCUCGGCCACCGAGCUCGAGCACAUGUCGGCGCGGCCCAAGGCGCCCGCCGCGCUCAUCUACGGCGACGCCGUGCAGGCCGAGGCCUUCGCGGCGCACGACGGCGGCGAGGCCAUGGAGGCGCUCGCGCGCAAGCGCGACCGGAGCGCCACGCCGCCCGAGGCAACGCACUACCAGGCGGACUGGGAGAUCCGGACCAAGGGGGUGGGGUUCUACAAGUUCAGCAAGGAGGAGGGGCGGCGGGAGGCGGAGAUGAGGGCGCUCGAGGAGGAGAGGGCGAAGACGGAAGGGUUGAGGAGGGAGAGGGAGGAGAAGGCGAGGAGGCGGAAGCAGGAGAUUGAGGAGAGGAGGAAGGAGAUCUUGGAGCGGAGGACUAAGAAGAUGGCGGAUAGUUUCUUGGAAGGGCUGGAGAAAGACUUGGUUGGUCACGAUGAUGGGUAGGCGGGAGCGGUUCUUGGAGUAUAGCAUUUAUAAUGUUACAGAGCCGAAUUUUGGGGAGUCGGCUUCCAAAGGCUCUUGCCUGAGUCCCCGUUUCCCGUGGAGCCGAUGUCUCAUAUUAGGAACCCGUGCAUCAAUCCGCCGCACAUGUAUAACGGCAAUAGCGUGUGGAAGGGUGUUCCAAAAGGCUGCUACACCUAUCUUCAUAUUAUUAUAUGAUACAACUCCUCGUAAGCAUAUUAUUUUCGAUUUAAGUAACGAAAUAAUAAGCUUUUAUAAGAGACGGAUGAAAAACACUAG